AUGGGCUGGCGCGCCGUGCAUCCGCCGCACAUCGCCGCCGGCUUACUCCUGCUGCUGCUAGUCAACCUGCCAGUAGAACAUAACAUAAACUUCAAAAUGAGUAUCAAAAACACUGAUCGCGUCAUUGAAAUUGUCCUAUCAGUAACCUGCCAUCAAGAUCACCAAGAUGCUGUGCACAUCACAGCGAUCCUCGGCGAGAGCGUGGUAUUCAACUGCCAGGUGGACUUCCCCGAAGACAUCCCGGUGCCGUACGUGUUGCAGUGGGAGAAGAAGAGUUCGGCUCGUCCCCGCGACGCGCCCGCAGACUGUAAAGUAUAUCUUGACGUGCGUUGUCAAGCGCACACCUUGUUGUCCCGUGCUAGUGGUAACAGUGCCGCGGGCCGAGGCACACCCUCGUCCCGCGCGCGCAUCGCACGCCUUAUGUGUAUCUCUGCCUCUUCUAAUAUGCCUCGUAUAACUACCGCGCCCGUCGUCCAUAUCGACCGGUCGACAUUAACACCACAGUGA